AUGGUGACAUCGUCAAAGCCUGCAACAAUUACUGAGGCUAUCGAUCUAAGCGUAUCACUGACUGAAGAAGCUAUCAGGUUAAGCAAGUUUUCGACUCCUGACCAGAAAAAGAAGGAGACUCACGUUGAGUCAUCCAGUGAGAACAAACGGAAGUUCUCCAACUUUAAGAAAGGCACCAGUAGUACAAACAAGAAAGAUGAGACGAGCGCACCGGCCAAGGCCAAAGGAAAGGGGUAUAUGGGUACCUUGCCCAAAUGUGAUGCGUGUCAGUUGCAUCACAAUGGACGAUGCCGAGCUGGAAAAUGUGAAUCUUGUGGAAGAGUUGGUCACUCGAAAGAAACAUGCUGGGUUGGUACUGGCUGUGGUGGUCAAAGGGGUUUUGGUAACAACUGUGGAGGUAAUGGGAAUGGAAAUCGCCCGCAAGGAAAUAAUGGAGGUAAUGGAAACCGUGGUAAUUUUGGAAAUCAAGCUGGGAGUGGAAACCACGGAGCAAACAACGCUCAAGGUGGUAAUGGGAACGGUAAUGGUCGGGGACCAGGUUGUUUCAAUUGUGGAGACAUGGGGAACUUUAAGAGAGAAUGCCCAAAGCUCAAUCAAUCUCAAGGAAGAGUUUUCAACAUCGGAGCAAGAGAAGCACGCCAGGAUCCAAACAACUUUGCUACUGCCGCUGAGCCUGUGGGGCUUGGGGCUGUUGUUGUUGUUGUUGUUGUUCCUGGCUUACAGGACGUUAGUUUCGACAAUCCUUAG